GAAUUCUACAAUAAUCAUAAUAAUGUAAAAGUGAUUGUAAAUACAUAAUUAACAAGAAUAUAAUUCAAAUUGCAUUUUUCCAAAAACAAAACUAAACCUGCUUUCUUUAAAAAAUUGUAUUUUAAGAUGUAGUAUAAAAUCUUAUUUUAUAUUUAAUGUUUUACAUUAUAUCAUAUGCAGAAUGUUCAUGUAUCAUGACAAAUUAACAUUUAUAAAUAAAUUUUGUUCAUCAAUAAUUAUUAUGUAUUAAAAUAAAAAUUCUUCAUUUUCAAUGAAAUAUGAAUUCUUGUUUAAAUAUAUAUAAAAACUAUUUAAUUCAUCAUUAGAAAGUUAGUUACUCUAUAAAGUACACAGAUAUAAGUGUGGUUGUUAUGGUGACAAUUUUCCAAACACUUAAAUUUAUAGUCUAAGUGCCUAUAUGAAAGUAUAAGUACAACAUGCAGCCACUAAAAAUAAUAGUUAUAGGACCUAUUAGGAGUGGUAAAACAACAAUAUCUAAUUUUCUUGCUGACGCUACAGAAAUACCUUACGAUUAUCAUCCAACUAAAGGUGUUCGAAUAUUAGAAUUUGAAGUACAAAACAUAAUUAUAAACAAUAAACAUAUUACAAAAGAUAUUGAAUUAUGGGAUUGCAGUGGAGAUCAUAAAUUUGAAAAUUGUUGGCCAGCUAUAAGAAAAGAUAUUCAUGGUGUUAUAUUUGUAUAUAAUGAAAAAUCAAGUGAUUGUUUAAAAGAAAUUCAACAAUUAUAUGAUUAUUUUAUUGGUCAAACAAAAUUAGAUCCAGACAGAUGUGUGAUUUUUUGUUAUGAUCCAGAAAAAAAAAAUUCCGAAAUAUCAAAAAUUAUUUCUUCAACAUUUAUGAAAAUAUCUCAUAUUAAAUGUAAUAUCGAAAGUGGUGGCAGUAAGUUAAAAACUGAUUUUGCAUCAUUCAUAAGUACAAUACUUAAUAAAAUGCAUAAUUAUACAAAUCAAGAAGACAAAAAUGUUUUAAAUGAAAAUAUAUUAUUUGCGAAAUAAGAUCAUUCAACAUUAUGGUAAACAUUCAACAUGGCAUAAUCAAUUUUAAUCAAUUUUUCUUAAAAUAUUUGUUAUCCUAA